AUGGAUCUACUUAAUACAGAGGAAACGCUGCGUUUUGAGAGAAAUGGCGAAAAGGCGACUCUGAGUGCAAUUUCCGAUCUGAGUUCUGAUCCGAUGGAUUCGGCUAUACCGCUGGAUCGAUCUGAUUCUCUGGGUAGUGAUUUGGUGUGUACGGAGGUGGGGGUUAAUCGCGAGGAGGUUGGGGUUGUUCGAGUGGAGGAUUUAGCGGAUCAGGAGGAAGUUGAGGUUUUGCAGAAGUACGACAUCGAUGUGUCAAUGAAGGAUGGGAAGCAUACAGUGGAGGUUCCGGAUGAGGUUAUCUCUGAUUCAACUUCACUUUGGGAAGAUUUCAUAGUGGAGAAAUUCUUGGAUCUAGUGCCUCAUGUAGCUAAGGUCCACAUGGUGCUAAACAAGAUUUGGAGCUAUAGUGAGUUAGAUUCGAAGGUGGAAGUCUAUGAAGUAAAUGCUACAACUAUGCGCUUUAGGGUCUCUAAUCCAAAAGCAAGAGCGAAGGUUCUAAGGAGAGGUAUGUGGAACAUAGCUGGUGUGCCAAUGGUGGUGGCGAAAUGGACGCCAAAGACGGAGGAAGAAAAGCAGGAGGAAGAGGCGAUUCCCAUGUGGGUUCAUCUCAGGAAAGUCCCUCUUCACAUGUACUCGUGGAAGGGUCUCAGUUUCAUCACUACUGCUGUUGGGUUCCCUGCAAGACUUCACCCUGAAACUGUGGUGUGUUCAAACUUUGAAGUAGCAAAGGUGUUUGUAAAUGUUGAUGUCUCUAAAGUCUUACCAAAGGAAAUCAACUUUACAAAGAAUGGGAAGGAAUUUACGGUGCAGUUUCACUAUCCAUGGCUACCUUCGAGAUGUAACCUGUGUGAAAAAUGGGGACAUGUGGAUAAAGUAUGUGUGAUGAAGAGUAAAGGGAUGAAGCUAAAUGAAAGAAGUAACACUCGGAUUGAUGCUCCGGUUGAUGAUGCAGAAGUUGUAGAAACGGUCAAUGAGAAAGAAAUGGAGAAAGAGGGCAGUAAUAACUCUAUCGCAGAGAAGGCAGUGUCAGAUAUUGGGACGUCUCAGGAGGCUUCAGUAAAAGCUUGGUCGCUAGUAUCUCCAUCUAAAGUGGGCAGAGCUCAGGUACAAUCACCAAGUAAACCAGCUGAUGAAGUCAUGAUAUCUGCUUCAAAGUUUUCUAUUCUCAGUGAUGAGGUGGAGGAAGGUGAAAUUCUGGUAGAUGAGCAGCAAGGAAAUCAAAUAAAAGAAGUUGAAGUUAGUGAGACAGAGGGGGAUUCUGAUGCGGAUCUAUUGAAAGAUCACAUUUUGGAUCUGCAGAGUAAAGAGAAGGAUAAGUCAGUUCAGAAUAAAGGGAAGAAGAGAGGUCGGAAGGCUAAAGCUCAAGAUGCAAAUCUCAUGAGCACAAGUGUACAGAUUCAACAAACCUUUGAGCAUUCCGUGGUAAGAGAUUGGGUAAAUGGAAAUGAUCUGAAGUUUGGAUGUAUUUUGGAGACAAAGGUGAAGGAAAGAAAGGUAGAAGGGAUUUUGAAGAAAGUAUUCCGAGAUUGGAGUUCUAUGACAAACUAUGAGCACAGUCAAGGUGGUAGAAUCUGGCUUGUCUGGAGGGAUACAAUCCGUGUCACUCCGGUUUACAAAUCAGAUCAAAUGAUUACGUGUUCAGUGGGUAUGCAAGGUGAAGAGGAGUUCUUCUGCACUUUCAUUUACGCAAGUAAUCUGGUGGAAGGUAGAAAGGAGCUAUGGGAGGAUAUUUGUCAUCAUAAGAACUCACCUUUGUUUCAAAUUAAGGCGUGGGUACUUAUGGGAGACUUUAAUGAAAUAUUAGAAGGAGAGAAAAAUUCAGGAUUCUCUGAUUUGGGAAGGCUUCCUUGUGGAAUGAGAGAUUUUCAAAGGAUGGUACUUCACUGUAAUCUAUCAGACAUGGGCUAUCAGGGUCCACUGUUUACAUGGUGUAAUAAAAGAGAGGAGGGAGUGAUCUGCAAGAAAUUAGAUAGAGUGCUGAUAAACGAUGUUGGGCAGCAAAGAUUUUCAAGUGCGUUCUCGGUAUUUGAGUCAGGAGGAUGCUCAGAUCUUAUGAGAUGCAAGAUUCAACUGUUGGCUUCUGGUGAGAAAAUCCGUCGACCCUUUAAGUAUGUCAACGCCAUUGGAAGUCUCCCUCAGUUUCUUCCUAUGGUAAAGGAGCAGGCUCAGAACGCUAUUCGUGAGCUCAGAUGUUCGGAUGGUACCACAGUCUCUAAUCACUCAGACAUAAAAAAGGAAGCUGAGAGAUUCUUCUCAGAGUUUUUAAACCAGAUUCCUGGAAGUUAUCAAGGGGCUUCUGUGGAAGAGUUGCAAAGUCUCUUUGGGUUUAGAUGUACUGCUGAGGACUGUAGGUUGUUAGAGUCGGAAGUUACCGAAGAGGAGGUACAUAAGGUUCUGUUCUCUAUGCCAUCAUACAAGUCCCCAGGGCCUGAUGGCUAUCCUUGUGAGUUCUUCAAAGCAACUUGGUCUGUUCUGGGUAAGGAGUUCACCAUCGCAGUGCAGUCGGUUUUUCGGUUUUGCUUUCUUCAUAAAGGGAUUAACUCUACAAUUUUAGCUCUGGUACCUAAGAAGACGGACUCUAUGGAGAUGAAGGACUACAGGCCUAUUGCCUGCUGCAAUGUCCUUUACAAAGUCGUCUCUAAGAUCCUAGCAAAUAGGCUAAAGGGGGCUUCUUCCUAG